AUGGAUUAUACUCCUGAGCCCAAUGCCACAACAGUUACUGAUUACUACUAUCCUGAUGUCUUCCCAAGUCCCUGCGAGGUGGGACUUGGCACCUGGAGCAGCAAGUUGCUGCUUGUCACUAUUUACUGCCUCCUGUUUGUCUUUGGUCUUUUGGGAAACAGCCUCGUCAUCUUGGUCCUCGUGGCCUGCAAGAAGCUGAGGAGCAUCACAGACAUCUACCUGUUGAACCUGGCCUUGUCUGAUCUGCUUUUUGUCUUCUCUUUACCCUUCCAAGCCUACUACCAGCUGGACCAGUGGGUGUUUGGAAAUGUAAUGUGCAAAGUGGUCUCUGGCCUUUAUUACAUUGGCUUCUUCAGCAGCAUGUUCUUCAUCACCCUCAUGAGUCUGGACAGGUACCUGGCUAUUGUCCAUGCUGUGUAUGCCAUGAAAGUGAGGACAGCCAGGGUAGGCACUGGCCUGAGCCUGGCAGUAUGGCUGGCCACUGUUCUGGUCACCAGCCCAUUGUUAGUAUUUUACCAAGAGGCCACUGAAGAUGGCUUUCUAAAGUGUUACUCAUUUUAUAAUGAGGAGGCUUUGAAGUGGAAGAUCUUCACCCACUUUGAAAUUAAUAUCGUGGGCCUGCUGGUCCCAUUCACUAUCUUUAUGUUCUGCUAUGUCAGCAUCUUGCGCCACCUGAGGAAUUGCCAGAACCAGCAGAAGAACAGAGCCAUCAUGUUGGUGCUCAUUGUGGUAGUGGCAUCUUUGGUCUUCUGGGUCCCAUUCAACAUGGUCCUCUUCCUCACAUCCCUGCACAAUCUGCACAUCUUGAAUGGGUGUGGCAUCAGCCAGUGGCUGAGUUCUGCCACCCAUGUCACAGAGACCAUUUCCUUCACUCACUGCUGUAUGAACCCUGUUAUCUAUGCUUUUGUGGGCGAGAAGUUCAAGAAACACCUCUUAGAAUUAUUUCAGAAAAGUUCCAACCACAUCCUUCUCUACAUAGGAAGACCAUUUCCCAGGGAGGGCUGGGAAAAGUGCUCUUCCUCCCACCAGCGCUCCUCCCACUCCUCCCGCUCCUCCAGCAUGGACUACAUCUUGUGA